AUUAUUCCUGCCUGCUCUCCCUCUGAGCACUUCCACUCCGCUCAGCUCCUGCGAAAAAAAAACUCUGCAUGUGUGUGUGAACUCCUGGCGUGUGUGUGUCAAGAAGACUUUUAUGUGUGCGCACAGGGCUGUGUGUUUUUCUAAGUGGAGCUGGAGUGGUGUAGCUGUUCAUCAGUGGAGCUGACUGCAGACGGGGGAAUACUCAGAUCUCACUGCGCUGCUUUUUGAGUCACGCACCGGCUGCUUUUUGGGGACUUUUGUUGAAGACUCACUAGACUUUUUUUUGGGACUCUGCUAUUGCUCCCUUUCUGCCAUCCAGGCACCAUUCUCACUUCUGGAUUUACUCAAGACUUGUGCACAUUUGCUUUUUGAAGUUUAGGCUAAGUUUUGAAAUUUUAAGAUUCUGCAUCAGUCAUUUUCACCUGAUGAUCCUAAGAAACUUUUCUGUGCUUUGAAUGUAGACAUGCAGAACUCCAAGAAUGGGUGUUUUGCAGGCACAACAAAAUAACACAGUGUGUAUAGGUGUGUAUAGGUGUGUGUACGGCACUCUGUAUACUAUAUAAUCAAGAGGGUUUGUCUCGUAUGGACUUGUUUGCUUCUUUACAUCAGUGGAAGGACUAUGAGAGGUAACAGCAGAGCAAAAACUAUGGAAAGAGUCGGCACUGUCAGAGGCAUGCUGGGCUCAGGUGGACACUGAUCCUGACCUGGAAUGCUCUAAACUCUUUUGGAAUUCAGUGCCCAGGGAAACAAGUGGACAGGUCUCAAUGCCCGUGUGUGAGGUUUUUGUCCCAUCUCGGAUGUAAGAGGUGAACUGAAACAGAGCUCUUCACACCAAGGAGGACAAUACAGAGAUUACACCUGAAAUUAAGAGCUUAAAAGGAAGACUGGAGGAGACUGAAGCUUCCUGAGACCAACAACAAAAAGAGGGAGAAUCUGUUUUAGGUCUGAAAAGCUUAGCUGGACCCAAAGCAGUCCAAAAAAGGAGGAUUUGGGCGCCGCUGCCGAGUGGAAUCAAGUUAGCCUGAAAAACCUGAAUCUUUCUGGGUCAACUUUCGAAAAGAGUGCCAAGAUGAUGACCAUGGUGAUGAUGAUGGCGGCCAUGAUGGUCACCUGCAGCUCCCUGUUCCUGCUGGGUUUGGCUGCUGCCCAUGCGUCCUCCAGCCCCGUCUCCCGCUCCUCUUCUUCCUCUUCAUCCUCGUCAUCCUCGUCUUCCUCCUCCUCCUCCAACUCCUCACCGCGCAUGAAGCUCUCAUACAAAGAGCUGCAGCAGUUCCAUGGAGUGCGGCGGUUCGAGCUAGAGCGGUCCUGCUGCUUCUCCGCGCUGCUGCUGGACGAAGAGAGAGGCCGUCUCUUUGUCGGAGCCAAGAACUUCCUGUUAUCACUGUCAUUGGACAACAUCGCCAAGCAGGAACACAAGAUCUACUGGCCUGCUCCUGUCGACUGGAGGGAGGAGUGCAACUGGGCCGGCAAGGACAUCACUUCUGACUGUGUGAACUACGUGAAGAUUGUGCACCACUUCAAUCGCACGCACCUGUACGCCUGUGGGACUGGGGCCUUCCACCCUACCUGUGCCUUUGUAGAGGUGGGACACAGGAUGGAGGAUCACGUGUUCAGGAUCGACCCCGCCAAGGUUGAGGAUGGCAAAGGAAAGAGUCCUUAUGAUCCUCGUCACAAUGCAGCAUCUGUGCUAGUCGGUGAUGAGCUGUAUGCAGGUGUCGCCACAGACUUAAUGGGACGGGACUUCACCAUCUUUAGGAGCCUGGGGAAACGGCCGUCCAUCCGCACCGAACAGCAUGACUCACGCUGGCUCAAUGAACCAAAGUUUGUCGGGUCCUUUUGGGUCCCAGAGAGUGAGAACCCUGACGAUGACAAGGUCUUUUUCUUCUUCCGGGAGACGGCGGUUGAGGCCCAGGGGCUGGGAAAAUCCACCUACUCCCGUAUCGGACAACUCUGCAGGAACGACAUGGGCGGGCAGCGAAGCCUGGUGAACAAGUGGACGACAUUUCUGAAGACUCGUCUGAUCUGCUCGGUACCAGGAGCCGACGGCAGCGACACGUACUUCGAUGAGCUGCGCGAUGUGUUCCUGCUGCAGACCAGGGACAGAAAGAACCCCCUGGUGUACACUGUCUUCUCUACUUCCAGCAGUGUAUUUAAAGGCUCAGCUGUGUGUCUCUACUCCAUGAAUGACAUCCGGAGAGCCUUCCUGGGGCCAUUCGCUCACAAAGAGGGGCCCAACUAUCAGUGGGUCCCCUUCCAGGGAAAAGUGCCCUAUCCCCGCCCAGGAAUGUGUCCCAGCAAGACUUUUGGCAGUUUUGAGUCCACGAAGGGUUUCCCAGACGAUGUGAUCCAGUUUGCACGUCACCACCCUCUGAUGUAUAACCCCGUCUACCCAAUGAGCAGACGGCCCAUCUUCGUCAGAACCAACGUGGACUACAGCUUCACUCAGCUCGCUGUGGACAGAGUCAACGCUGCAGACGGACAGUAUGACGUCAUGUUUAUCGGCACAGACAAAGGGACGGUGCUGAAGGUGAUAAAUGUUCCAAAGGAGAGCUGGAAUAACAUGGAGGAGCUUCUACUGGAGGAGCUGGAGGUCUUCAAAGAUGCCUCAUCAAUUAUAGACAUGCAGAUCUCCUCAAAACGGCAACAGCUGUAUCUGGGCUCAAACACAGGGAUUGCUCAGGUUCCUCUUCACCGCUGCAGUGUGUACGGAAAAGCUUGUGCUGAGUGCUGCCUGGCCAGAGACCCAUACUGCGCCUGGGAUGGAACAUCCUGUACUCGCUAUCUGCCAAACACCAAGAGACGUUUUCGCCGGCAGGAUGUGAGGAAUGGAGACCCCAACACUCUGUGCUCUGGAGACCACCACAAGUAUCGCGCUGCAGAGAGGAAGCUGUAUGGAGUUGAGGGGAGCAGCACUUUCUUGGAGUGCAUCCCAAAAUCCCUUCAGGCAAGAGUCACCUGGACCUUCCAGAAACAUCCGCAGAACCCAAGGGAAGAGGUGCGUCUAGAUGACCGCGUCCUCCAGACAGACAGAGGACUUCUGAUCCGCAGAGUCCUGAAGAGAGACAUCGGUAUCUACCAGUGCCACGCCAUGGAACAUGGCUUCACCCAAACCUUGCUAGGCAUCACCUUGGAAGUUGUACCUUCAACAUCCUCCUCAGCCUCUAACCUACCGUCAGACGCCCCUGUCCGGUUAGAACCACGCAGCGGAGGUGCCCCGCCAUCGACCAAUCAGAAGCUUUGGUACCGGGACUUCAUGCAGUUGGUGGACCAUCCUAACCUGAGCACCGUCGACCAGAUUUGCGAGCAAGUUUGGGCGCGCAAGACGGCAGAAGCUGGACAACUGGAUAAGAGCUUCCCUGCUCCGGUAAAGGAAGUCCCACCUUCGGGCCCUGCUGUCCGCCCAGCUAACAAGAAGUGGAAGCAUCUUCAGGAGAUUAGGAAGGGGAGAAACCGCCGAACCCACGACGGGAAACCGAACCCUAGGGCGCCUCGCAGCGCGGGGGAGUAACGUCACGGAGAAAGAGAUGUUGGGGGAGAAAAGAAUGACUGAUACAAGGUGAAAGGAGAAGAGUGAUUGAAAGAAAGACAAAGAACUCCUGGAGGUGUUCAAACAUACUGAUAAACCCACGUACAUAAAAAACACAUACAGACUCACACAGCACCUCCUCUAUUGUGUAUAUUUAUCUAUGGAUGCGCCCACUAUAUGGUACCCCAACCCCUGAGUCCUUGUCCCACUGGCCAGCCCCUGCAUGUGCUGCCUUACUGCCCAUGUUGAUUCUGCACGAUCCCUUUACUCUGUUCCACUAGCGUAGUGAAGUGUACAAGCAGGUACUUUAGGUGCGGGGUGUACUUUAACACAUGCCUGUCAUUCUUUAUGCCACUGACUGUAAAUGGAAAGUGAUCACAGCACAAGAUUACCACGUCUUCUGUUGGGUGUUAAAGUUUGCCGUCGACACAUUUUGGUGUGCGGAGCGGCUCUCAGUAUGAACACCAAUCUUCUGGACGACACAAACAGCCCCAAAGUUUUUUGGAUGAACUCUCCACAUGGAUUUCCUACCUGAAGAUGUCAUACCAAUGUAGAGAACUGAUGGACAGAGGAAACGGAAAAGUGUGACGACUGGAAUAAACUGGAAAACAAUGGCCUCCAACUGGAAUCACAUCUUACUAUUUACGUGCAAUUGCACAAGCAUGCAUAUAAGCAGUUUUCAACAUUAUUUUCAAACGACUUGAUGAAUUGUUUAACUUGCUGUGGUGCUCUUGCUGCACAUACUUCCAGUGAGCUCACUUUUCAUAUUGCAUAUCACACAGUGCAGUCACAGCAGAGGUAGAGAUGCAAGCAGCCUGUGGAACAGAUCGGCAUGUUGCAGAACUGGUUAUAUUAUAUAGUAGGUUUCUUAGUGGUCUCCUUAGGCACAUAGAGGCAUGUUGCAGCGGAAUAAACACACAGUAAAAUGCAGUCAUGGUAAGAGAGCAGACAUAUCAGAGCAGAUAUGAUUACUUCACUGGUUUAAACCACUACAGAGAGGAGGGGAGAGGGGCUGCCUGCAUUCCAUGAUGUGACAGAAAGAUGAGCUGUUUACACAUGCAGACUGAGCUGGAGUACAAAGAAGUCAAUCUCCAAAUAUCACAUCCAACCAGUUUCCAACAUGAGGCAUAAAAAACAAAGUUCAUAUGGAUAAGAGGUUUUUACAUAUUCAAAAACCUGACUCUUAAACUCCAUAUUUAUUGUUUUCAUUCAAUGUUUCGUGUUUAUUCUUCAGGAAAAGUCUUGAAAAGGAUGGUUUUGGUAAGAAGCAUUUAAACAAUAAGGGGGACAGAUCUUAGUGGACUCAUGUAUCGCUAUUAUGACAACCCAUGUUGCUGGGCUACAGAUCGGCAUGAUAUUUAUGAGUUUUAUGUUCUUUUUGUAUUCUAAGUGGUUCUUCUACCCCCCUGCGCUUUUUUCACUGUUCUUUGCAUAUGUUGUUUGUGAUAAAUAGAUAUAUGCAAAUCAUAAGAGAGUGACAUUCAGCACGGUACGAAGCACAGAAAGCUGCUCAUGUGCGCUUCCCACAAUGCACCUCACUGUCAAAAAAAUAAACAACAAAGAAAGACAAAAAACAAAAACUUCCACCUGACUGCACACACACUGUUGGAUUCACUUCCCAACGCGGUGCUGCAGUCGGGAAUAUCAUCAACUUUUUGCUGCUCAACGAUGUCAUCUCUGCCUAAUGGACAUUUAGUACAAUGAGGUCUUCCUUCUCUGUGUUUAGUGUGAUCUCUCUCUGUGUUUUAUCUGUAAAGAACGUUGUUUGCUGGUCGUCUGUGCUAACAUGGUGUGUGAAGCCUGCCCCCCAGUGUCUAUUGUGUGUACUGGCUCAGCUGAAGAGCCUUCCUGUGGUACGAUUACGUCAUUAACUCAUAGUCUAUUCACAUGACAGAAAGCAAACCAGCAUUGUAAGAUAAAACAUUUAUGUUUUGCAUUCAUGAAACGUCGAUCUGAUUUUUUAUGAUGGUCUAAUUUGUGUCUGCGACAAAUUUCAGGAGUGUCAUGGGUUUCAGUGUUCUGAGUUUGUUCCUGAGACAAACUCGGUCUGUGAGUGGAUUUUAGAUGUAUGGAAUCAUUGUUGUUGUUAUUUAUAUACCUUCUUUCUAGAGAUGUAAUUAACUCUUUAAAGUGAACUGACUGAAUGACACCUGUAAAAGGGACACUCUGCAUUUUGACACAGCAUCCAGGUUUUACUGCAAACAGGUUCAAUCUUGCUCUAUCUGCAUUUAAGCCACAGAUUUGAUGAAAUCUGAUCUAACUUGGUAGUUGUGUACUUACUUACAGAUUUUCUUACACUGGUAGUGUCGUCAAACUUGCUUGAGUCUCCCUCUUAAACCAGCUGUUGUUUUGUGCUCUUUUGAAAUUGCAUGACCAAUGUUCGUGGCUAACGCGUUUGACAAUGGUGCGGUGGCGAGAAAGAGCGAGAGAAAGAAAGCACAAUGUUGAAUAUUAUUAUUAUUCCUAUGUAUUUAUGUGCAAAGAUAAGCUGAUAUGUUGUUGUGGUGGAUUUUUAUUUUUCUUAUAAGUGUAGAUUUACAUCUGUAUUGUUCAUGUUCUGCUGAAAAGGACUCAUCCUCAACGUUGUCCGGACAUUACAGCCGAUGGGAAAACUUUUGAACACAGUGUCCAAAUUAGAGAUUUUCUUGUUCACACAGCCAUCCAAUCGACACUCCUGUUGUAUCCCAUGCCAUGUGACGCACCCCUGUACGAUAGCUCCAAGGAGAGGUUUGUGUGUGUUUGUGUCUGUGUGUGUUUGUGUAUGAAAGAAAGAAAAGUGUGCUUGUGGUUUGAAAGUUUCGGGGAAAGCAGAGCUUUUGUAUAUAACGGCAAAGGAACAGUGACGGUGGUGUGUGAGCAGAGCGGUCUGUAGGUGAAAGCUCAAAGGUCGAAGGCCAAAGUUAACAUGGUGCACUGUAAUUCUCCCAGAGGUCUUUGUGAAAUGUCAUGUCAGAUUGUUUUUGAUUAACACAAUAAAAUAUGCAGUUACUUAAAAAGGAAA